CUCUAGCUCUCUUUAGCCAACUUCGCCUCCUGCGUCUCUCUCCAUAGUUGUACCUAAGUUUCUCUAGCUUCAAUUCCUCGAAGAGAGAGGCAGCAAUCAUGUUGGUCUAUCAAGAUCUUAUCUCUGGUGACGAGCUUCUUUCUGACUCCUUCCCCUACAAGGAACUCGAGAAUGGGAUGCUUUGGGAAGUUGAGGGAAAGUGGGUUGUGCAAGGAGCUGUUAAUUUUGACAUUGGUGCCAAUCCUUCUGCUGAAGGUGCAGAUGAGGAUGAGGGUGUUGAUGAUCAAGCUGUGAAGGUUGUCGACAUUGUCGACACUUUCAGGCUUCAGGAGCAACCUCCCUUUGACAAGAAGACGUUUGUCGCAAACAUGAAGAAGUUUAUCAAGAAUUUGACACCCAAAUUGGAUGAGGAGAAGCAAGAAAUCUUUAAGAAGAACAUUGAGGGAGCAAUCAAGCAUUUGCUUCCGAAACUGAAGGACCUUCAAUUUUUCGUCGGAGAGAGCAUGCACGAUGACGGAUGUUUGGUGUUUGCUUACUACAAGGACGGUGCUACUGACCCAACAUUUUUGUACUUUGCUUAUGCAUUGAAGGAGGUCAAGUGCUGAGGCUUUGAAGCACCAAGCUUGUUAAAGCUUCAUACUUUAUCAUUGUUUUUUACUCUUAUUUUCUAUCUUCUGUACUGUUAAGACUAUGAUUUAUGGCUUUUAUGUUGUGUUUUUGAUUGUUUAUGGAUGGAUUAAUAAUAACUUGAACCCAUGUUUUGUUAGUCUUUAA